GGCCUGCGCCAAUUGGCCGCCGGCUGGUUUCCCGGCUUCUAGCCCCGCCCCGUGAGGUCCGGGAAGAGCGGUCGGACGGGAGGAUGGUGGCUGACGGGGCAGAGGAGGCGCGGGGGAAGCGCGCUGCUCUCGCCUUCGCCGCCGUGGCCCUGGUGCUGGGGCUGCCGCUCUGGUGGAAGACGACGGAGACGUACCGGGCCUCGCUGCCCUACGCGGGGAUCAGCGCGCUGGGCUCGCUCCGGUUCCAGCUGACUGUACCUGUCUCAGUGGUUUUUGCCAAGGGGGCUCUGCCAGGAGCUCAACAGAGAAGGCUCCCUUUCACAGACACAAAGGAGGAGGAGAGCCUGUUAAACUCAAAAACGAGCGUUACGUCUCGCUAUGAGACGACUUAUCGGAGUGCAACCGUCACAGAGCAGGCAGCCUUGGCCUUGGCCACAGUGAAAGAGGCAGACGCUGCACUGCUCCCGCUGCAGGACUCGCUGGGCGCUCUGACUGUGUACGUGAUCCCGGAAACCUCCCCUCUACUGCCUCAGGGUGUUGGCGUGUACAUCGGGAAGCACCGCAGUGCCGUGAUGAGGUGUACGCAGGGCCCCGGGGAUGUCCUGGCUGCUGUUAGUGCCUGGGUGCAGCAGAUUGUGCAGGCCAUGUCCUUCACCACUGACUCCAUCGCCACCGCCUUGUCUGAUCGCGUUCCCAUGGACCAGCUCGGCACCGACACGAGGCGCCCGUUCAAAUCCAGCCUGGGGUACGAAAUCACCUUCAGCUUAUUGAACCCAGACCCCAAGUCCCACAACGUGCACUGGGACAUCGAGGCCGCUGUCAGCAGCUACGUACAGCCCUUCCUCGACAAGCUGGGCUCAGUGGCCAACUUCUCUGUGGACUCCCAGAUCCUGUACUAUGCUGUCCUGGGGGUCACGCCCCGCUUUGACAAGGCCUCCUCCAGCUUCAUCCUGAGCGCGCUCAGUCUCCCCCACGUCAUUAACCCGGUGGAAGCCAGGCUGGGUUCCAGCGCCACUUCGCUCUACCCCGUGUUGAACUUCCUGCUGUACGUGCCAGAGCGCGUCCAUUCCCCUCUCUACAUCCAGGACAAGGACGGCGCCGCUGUGGGGACCAACGCCUUCCACAGCCCUCGCUGGGGUGGGAUCAUGGUGUACAACAUUGACCACCCAGUUCCUGACAAGGCCCUUCUCCCGCUUUGGGUGGACGUGGACAUGGUGCGAGUGAUGGAGGUGUUCCUGGCCCAGCUACGGUUGUUGUUUGGGAUCUCCCAGGUGUCGCUCCCAGAGGAGUUCCUGCUGGAGAGCCCUGGGAACGACGGGCUGACUGACUGGGAGCUGGACCGCCUGCUGUGGACCCGGACAGUUGAGAAUAUCGCCACGGUGUCCACCACCCUCACCUCCCUGGCCCAACUGCUAGACAAGAUCGGGAACAUCGUCAUCAAGGAUGAUGUUGCCUCUGAGGUUUACCAUGCAGUAGCAUCAGCACAGACUGCUAUGCUGGAGCUGGCCUCUGGCCGUCUGGGCUCAGCAUUCCAGGCCAGUAAAGAGGCGGUCACCUCCUCGGAGCGGGCCUUCUUUGACCCUUCGCUGCUACAUCUCCUCUACUUCCCUGAUGACCAGAAAUUUGCCAUCUACAUCCCACUCUUCCUGCCUAUGGCGGUGCCCAUCCUGCUGUCCCUGGUGAAGAUCCUCCGGGAAGCCAAACAGAGCAAGAAGGAGCCCACGAAAACUGACUGAGCCUGUCUGCAGCUGCCCCAUGGGGCAGGGGAGCUCAGAGCCAGCUCGUGACAGCCUGUCUGUAGGAACAGUCAGGGCCCAGUUAAAGGGCUUGGACUCGGAUGAUUCUUUAUGAAUCCUGGAAGAGUGGAAAGUCUGGCAAAAAUAGGGUGUUGGGUCAGAAAUCAAGACUUAGAACCACCACGGCUACUUCCCAGCAUGGAGCUCUUGGGUUCGCCUUUACCUAGGGGUUAGCGGGGACUCUAAAGGGGACAUCUGUGCUGCGUUUAGACACCUGUGGCUGGCCCGCGCCAGCCAACGCAGGUUAAGGGGCUGUUUCAUUGCAGUGUAGCUCUUUGGGCUUCUGCUGGAGCCUGGGCUCCAGGACCCUGCAAGAUGGGAGGGGACUAGAGUGUGGGCUCCAGCCCAAGCCUGAAUGUCUCCACCUCAAUUAAAUAGCCCCUUAGCAAGAGCUCCACAAGUCUGUCAGCUGCUAUGGGCCAGCUGUGGGUUUUUAACUGCAGUGUAGACCUCCCCCAAGGAGUGUAGAGCGGCUACAGCUGCAUGUGACUGGCCACCUGAGCAAAAUGCCCCUGCCAGCUGGGUCCACGGUGGAUGAGCUCAGGCCACUUCUGCUUUUUCUAGUUACUGCAGCCAGCUCCACCACCAGACAGCAGAGGAGGCAUGAAUCAAGCUUGCAUUUCCCUUCUCCCCGCUCAGCUCACUCACCGCCCCCCCAAGGUGCCUGGAUUAAGGGGCUCUCCUUUGAGUUGAAAGGAUUGGCGUUAGCUUCUAGGAGAUGCUCUGGAGUCUCUCUGUCCCCUCUGAGUGCUUAAGCAGUCUGAAGUGCACCCUUCCUGCCCAGCCACUACAGGAUGUGCCCCUGGGACUGCCUAGUUUAGCAGGAGUGAGACUGGUGGGGCACCUUCCUUUUACUCCUGUUGGGAGCCUUGGUAUUGGCAGGGCCCCCCUUACAUGCCUGGACCCAGGUCCCUCCCCUAGUGAGCUAUUGAUCCACAAGUGUGACCCUACCAACUUCCUCAACGUAGGGGGAUAUACAGGCCAGCCUGUGCACUGGGGCAGGGCUUCCUUGCAGCGUCUGCAGCAAGUGAGUGCUGCUCGUACUUCAGGGAGGUACAGAAAGUGGCUCUUGGGUUUCUUAGCUUCCUACCACUGCUGGCAGCCUGUGGGUCUCUGUGGAGGGAGCCUGGGGCCUUGUGUUGCAAGAGGGCUGGGUGGGGACCAGACGUGAGAGUGAUGCACUGAUGAAUGCUGAACAAAACAAGGUUUCCUUUUAAUAAAAGUAAAAGCCAGA